AUGGCGGCGCCCUUUUUCUCGCGCCUCUCGCGCCUCCGACCGUGGGUCCCCUUCGUGCGCAAGUACACCUACUACACGGCGGCGGGCGUGGCGGCCAUCGCGUUCCUGCACGACCACGUCUACGAGGUGACGGGCGUCGAGGGCGAGUCGAUGGCGCCGACGCUGUCACCGCGGUACCACGACGCCGGCGAGCUGGACCAGGUCUUCUUCAACCGCCUGGUGCCGCCGCAGCUGCUGCGCCGCGGCGACAUCAUCAGCUUCCGCGCGCCCAACCGCCCCGAGCAGGUCAGCAUCAAGCGCCUCGUCGCGCUGCCCGGCGACACGGUAAUCACGCGCGGCCGGUACCCGUUCAAGAAGGUCGUCGUGCCGUACAACCAUGUCUGGGUCGAGGGCGACAAUUGGAGACGCACCGUCGAUAGCAAUGACUUUGGGCCGCUCCCAAUGGGCCUGAUCAAUGGCCGUGCCGAGUAUGUCGUUUUGCCUCUGAGUCGGAUGGGAAAGGUAUCGGAUCUCAACGUCAACUUCAAAACGUACUCGAGGGUCAUUCCGGCAAAGUUCCCUGCACAACUGCCGCAGGAGUAUGCUGACUAA